AUUCCAUUUGUCCUGCGAAUGAGGAACCAGAAGAAGCGGUGAGAGAGUGAUAGAGAGAGAGAGAGAAGAGAAGAGAGAAGAGAGAGAGAGAGAGAGAGAGAGAAAUGGGUAGUUAUGAAGCGGUGGUGGGUGAGAAGCAUCAUGCGGCGGCGAAGUGGGUGGCGACGUGCAUGGUUGGAGGUGUGAUUGUUGGCGUGUCACUGUUGGGUUUGUACUCAGGGUCAGGGGGUCCUCUGGGAUUGUGGAAGAGUAAAAGGAAAAACAAGAAACCAAUUCGUGUUUACAUGGAUGGAUGCUUUGACAUGAUGCAUUAUGGUCAUUGCAAUGCUUUGCGUCAAGCUCGUGCCCUUGGUGACCAGUUGGUUGUUGGUGUUGUUAGCGAUGCUGAAAUCAUUGCUAAUAAGGGUCCUCCUGUAACCCCUCUUCAUGAAAGGUUGGUGAUGGUGAAUGCUGUGAAGUGGGUUGAUGAGGUUAUUAAUGAAGCUCCCUAUGCUAUAACUGAGGAAUUCAUGAAGAAGCUUUUUGAUGAGUACAAGAUAGAUUACAUUAUUCAUGGGGAUGAUCCUUGUGUUCUUCCGGAUGGAACUGAUGCUUAUGCUCAUGCCAAAAAGGCUGGCCGUUAUAAACAAAUAAAGCGCACUGAAGGAGUUUCCAGCACGGAUAUUGUUGGUCGAAUGCUUCUCUGUGUAAGAGAAAGGUCUGUUACUGAAAAUAGUAAUCAUGCUUCUUUACAAAGACAGUUCAGCAGCAAUGGCCAUAGUCAGAAGUUUGAAGAUGGUGUAUCUGCAAAUGGAACUCGAAUAUCUCAUUUUCUGCCUACAUCUCGUAGAAUUGUUCAGUUCUCAAAUGGGAGGGGUCCAGGACCUGAUGCACGCAUUGUAUAUAUAGAUGGCGCUUUUGAUCUCUUUCAUGCUGGACACGUGGAGAUCUUGAGGCUUGCUAGGGAUCUUGGAGAUUUUCUUCUUGUUGGAAUACACACUGAUCAGACGGUCAGUGCAACUAGAGGAUCACACCGUCCUAUCAUGAAUCUUCAUGAAAGAAGUCUAAGUGUUUUAGCAUGUCGCUACGUGGAUGAGGUUAUAAUUGGUGCACCAUGGGAGGUGUCCAAGGAUAUGAUUACAACAUUUGACAUUUCAUUAGUUGUUCAUGGAACCGUUGCAGAAAAUAAUGAUUUUCAGAAGGAACAAUGCAAUCCAUAUGCUGUUCCCAUUAGCAUGGGUAUCUUCAAAGUUUUAGAAAGUACUUUAGAUAUAACAACUACUACAAUAAUUAGAAGGAUUGUAUCAAAUCAUGAGGCAUACCAGAAACGUAAUGCGAAGAAGGGGGAGAGUGAGAAAAAAUACUACGAGGGUAAGACACACGUGUCUGGAGACUGAUUCUUGUCCUAUUGUUUGGGGCAUAAACAUAAACAUUGGUGUCACCAGCAUUUUACUGUUUCUAUUAGGAAUAUGAUAGUUUUUUUCUCAGCUUGGAGUUGGAGCACAAGUUGGGACAUUGUGGUUCGUGCUUUAUAUUAUUAAUCAUUUGCAAAAGUGAUUUAACCUAUAAUUUACCUGAGUUGACCAUCAAUAUGAAAGUGUUCAACAAAUAGAACUUUAGGUGAUUUAUUUCUUAAAACCAUAGUGUCCAGCUUAUGCUCCAAGCCAAAACAAAAUUGCCAUUUUCCUUUUGAAUAACUUGAUAUGUUAUUGCUGUAUGGGGAUUUUAUGAGGAUCAUGUCUGAUCAAGUACUGUUGUUAUUGUUUGAUUAAUUAGUGAAAAUAUAUAUUUAUUAA